UCGCCGCGGCUGCGCGCUGAGGAGCCGGGCCGCUCUGCGCGGGGUUUGCGCGCCUAUGCUGCGCGCCGGGUUUCUGCCGCGUUGCCUGGGCCGCCCCCCCGGGCCCCGCCUGUGGCUGCCGCUGGGCCGGGGCCGGGAGCGGGCGGCGGGGCCGUCGUGCACCCGCGGGCUGCGAUGGGCAGGUGAAUUUCACCGGCAUGCGGCAACAGAGGCCUCCCAAGGCACCCUGGCGAGCGUGGCGCCUGUGUUUGCAGUGAUGAAGCUUGACAAAGAGGGAAAUGCAACCUAUUUUGAAAAGAAGAAAACAGAAUUGUACCAGGAAUUGAGUCUUCAAGCCCGAGAUCUCAGAUUUCAACACCUGAUGAGCAUUGCAACUAGGAACAACAGGAUCAUCAUGAGAAUGGAGUUCUUGAAGGCUGUCAUAACACCAGAGUUUCUUCUGAUAUUAGACUACCAUAAUUUAAAUCUGGAACACCGGCUCUUCAAUGAACUAGCAUCUCAGCUGGCUGGGGAAGGUCAGCUAGUUACCUAUGCCCUGCCCUUUGAAUUCCGAGCCAUAGAAGCAAUCCUGCAGUACCGGAUCAGCAAACUGCAGGGGAGACUUAACACUUUGCAGCCUCAAAUCCUUGAGACACUGGAAGCUCUAGUGGACCCCAAGCUUUUGUCUGUGGAUAGGAGUAAACUACACAUUCUCCUGCAAAAUGGCAAGAGCUUGUCAGAACUGGAAACAGAUCUAAAAGUUUUCAAAGAAACAAUUCUGGAGAUCUUAGAUGAAGAAGAAUUAAUAGAAGAGCUCUGUCUGUCUAAAUGGACUGAUCCACAAGUAUUUGAGGAGAGUACAUCUGGGAUUGACCACGCAGAGGAAAUGGAGCUGCUGCUGGAGAACUAUUACAGACAAGCAGAAGAUCUUGCAAAUGAAGCUCGUGAACUCAGAGUACUGAUUGACGACUCGGAAAGCAUAAUCUUCAUCAACCUGGACAGCCACCGUAAUGUGAUGAUGAGACUGAAUUUGCAGCUGACUAUGGGGACUUUUUCUCUGUCUCUCUUUGGACUCAUAGGAGUUGCAUUUGGUAUGAACUUGGAGUCAUCUCUUGAAGAGGAUCCCAGAAUAUUUUGGCUGGUGACGGGGAUUAUGUUUCUGGGGAGCGGUCUGAUAUGGCGACGCUUGCUUUCCUUCCUCGGGCGGCACUUGGAGCCUCCGCUCCCUCCUCAUGUUCCUGCAGUUUUGAAAAAAAAACAACCAGCAGCUGGAAGAGUGGAGAUAAAGAACAACCUUAAAGCAGAACCAUUUGGGCUGAGCAGAAGCACAUUAACAAACCAAUAGGAACAGCAGGAAUGAAGAGACUUCUGUUGUUCCAGAGUGGACUUUGAACAUUUUCCUUGCAUUUGUUCUUCCUUACUGAAAACUGCACAAAGUUCUGAAGUUGCUAAUUUAAUAUGUAUUAUGUGCCAAAAACCUGUGGAGAGAUUUUAAUGCUCACACACAAAAGGAGAGAAACACAAGGGAAAAGAGCACUGUGUUUCCCACAGUAGUCUUAGCUCCACCCCAUGUAUGGCCUGUUGGUUUUCUAUAUCACGUGCAGUCACUCUCAUUGCAAGUAUUCCUGUCAAAUGCUUCAUAUAAUGGCCUGCCUUCAAGAGAACAGCAUUUUCAGCUUAAAUGAUGACAGCAGUCAGCAUUCCUCAGUAAUGCAGGUUCUGAGCCACAAGAUUUAGGACUCUGACUUGAAACGCCAAAGAAAAAUCCACCCCAAAAGUGGCUUUUUAAUGGAUUUUUUUUUUUCUCAAGGCCCUAUUUAACUGCAGAGAACAGAGUUUUCCAAAGCAAAAAGCAUACCUGCAUCUCUUGUGAAGCAUCACCUCUAAACUGGCAGUAAUCAGAAAUAAGUUUCCCUUAAGUGAGCAAUAACCGGCUUUGAAAUGUAGCUACUUAUCUUGGGUAUUCCUUAACAAUUAAUUUAGGCCUGAGGCGUAGGCCAUGUCAGCAGUGGGACAAGUGCUGCCCCUCGGCCACGCUUCCAACACAGCUGCAGUUUAACAAUGCCUCAUGUUGUCAUAGGGACUGAUUCAAAUGCUGGUAGAAAUCAACAGAGCAGUUGCUGGCUUCUCUUAAGCUGGACUCUGCUUUCUCUCUUUUCUCUCCAAAAAAAGACAAAGCGUGGACUGGCCUGCACCCCAGGAAGUAGCCAGGUUAGUAAAGGCUGUGGAAGCCUGGCGUCCUGGCAUGGAUUGAAGGAAGGAGUAAAAUUCUUAUGCCCACUAUUUGUGUUCUUUCUUAGGACUUCUCUCUGAACUCUGAGGCUGUAGUUCUGCACUGCUUUCUCUCAGGCUGUAGAGAAAGCACAAAAUCCUAAAUCAGGUCACUGUCUGCUGCUUGUUGGGGGAUUUUUAACCUCUUUGUAACAUGCAGUGAGUAGCUCCUUACGUGCCACCAGGUAAAUCACUGUACUGGCAGGGGUUGAAAAGACACUGACUAUAUCUGUGAACGUUUUUACUCAGGACUAAUCAGUCAAAAACGGAAAUAAAAAGGUACAUAAAUGAAAAUUAUGCAGGCCUCUGGUCCUAGUUUGAUUAAAAUCGGUUGUACGUAAUUAUUUUCAAACAGUUGUUCUUACUCUGUAUGUGACUUCAACUACAGCUAUAAAAGGCAUGAGAAGGUGAGAAAAUGAAUGGGGUUUGUAAUGUUUUUGAGUUUUUUAGCUGAAUUUUUUUGCAGCCUUUUUGCUUAGCAGGUAGAGAGAUGUAAAAAGACCUCUAAACUGGGCGGUCCAGUGGAAGAAACAAUGGCUCGCGUACCUUGGCCGGCAAACCCCAGGAGAGCCCUGCGCCUGAAGGGAGAUGGAGGCUGAUGUUUUUAACUGAGCUGCAGUUGCAUUAGGCCAGGACUGAAAUGUGUUGGUGCAGCUGUUUGGAAGCUUUCCUGUAAGCUUCCCAAGUUCUGUCUUUGGUGCAGAGAGGCUUCUGUGAACUGGAUUGACUCCUCUUCCUGUACAAAACUGACUCGGAGCACAAGAAAAGCCCUUAGAGAAAGAUACAUCUUUGACAAGACUGCCUUUUUCUCUACGGACAUACGUAAAUGGUUAAUGGUUUUCUUGCAAUUCAAGUAGUCAAAAUGUAUUCUUGUGCAAUAAAAUUACUCUGAGAUCAUACAGAGGAAAACCCAAAGCUAGUGGAGGCUGUAUAUUCAGAAUGUAAUUGCCAUAGAACUUGCUGGUUUCAUCAAUUUUCAAUUAAAAAGGUAAACUUUUUUAUUCUGCCCUUAUAAA